GGGGCGAGAGGUGAAGGGUGAAGGGGCGGCCGUGCCGUGCCGUGCCGUGCCGGGCGGAGCGGGGCGAGGCGAGGCGAGGCGGCCCCGCCGUGUCACAAGAGUCCCGCCGGGCCGGGAGGCGAUCGCCAUGGAAACCCAGGCCCGCCCCAGGCCCCGGUCCCGCCCCUGUCCCCCGGGCGAAGCCGUGGUGGUGGCGGCGGAGGCGGCAGCAGCGGGGCCUGGGCGCAGCGUGGAGCCCGGCCGGGCGAGCCGCGGCUGAGCCGCCCGCAGGCUGCGCGGAGGGGGCGAGGGCGGCGGCUGCAGCGGCGGGGAGCGGCGCGGCCGGGGGGCGGGCAGCGAGCGCUGAGGGGCGGCGGCGGCGGCGGCGGCGCUUCCCGAGCCGGGCCCGGGCCGUGCCGGGCCCGUCCCCGUCCCUGUUCCCGUUCCCGUUCCGCCGCCCCCCACCUGGCGCCAGGUGCCCGCCCGCCAUCUUCUGGUGGCCCCGCGGGGGGCGCGGCGGGGGGUCGGGGGGUGCUGGCUCCUGGCCCCCCCCACAGCGCGCUGCGAGGCCCCGGCGCCUCGCCAUGGCUGGGGAGGCGGCCGCGCAGCGCUUCGACGAGGAUGAUUUCUACUGUCCCGUGUGCCAGGAGGUGUUCAAAACGCCCGUGAGGACCGCCAACUGCCAGCAUGUAUUUUGCAGGAAGUGCUUCUUGACAGCUAUCAGAGAAAGUGGAACACAUUGUCCUCUCUGCCGGGGGAGUGUGACUAAAAAAGAAAGAUCUUAUCCCAAAAGGGCUCUAGAUGUUGAAAACAAUAUGAAGAAAGCUUCUGGGGGCUGUAGAUGCUGUGAGAAGCAGGUUAGAUUUUCAUGGAUGAGACAGCAUUAUAAAACGUGUAAGAAGUAUCAGGAUGAAUAUGGUGUUUCUUCUAUUAUUCCAAACUUACAGAUUUCCCAAGAUUCAACAGGGAACAGUAGCAGGAAUGAUUCAAUAUCUGAUAACGGAGGGAUGGCUAAUAAUCAAAUACUUCAAGGAGAUACAAGUGGACAUCCAACCUUCAAAUGCCCUCUGUGUCAGGAAGCCAAUUUUACCAGGCAGCGCUUGUUGGAUCACUGUAAUAAUAGACAUCUUUAUCAGAUAGUUCCUGUUAUCUGUCCUAUUUGUGUAUCUCUUCCUUGGGCAGAUUCUAACCAGGUUACCAGAAAUCUUGUUAGCCAUCUAAAUCUGAGACACCAGUUUGACUAUGGAGAAUUUGUGAAUCUUCAGCUUGAUGAAGAAGCCCAAUACCAAAACGCAGUUCAAGAAUCCUGUCAUGUGAACUUUUAAAGUAUAGGCCCCCUUCAUCCUACUGACUGAGAGAAAAAAAAUGCAUUAAUUUUGUUGGUAAUCUGAAGCAUAUAUUAAUAAAAAUAGAAUCCAGUAACUAGUUUUCAGGCUUAAUUUUUCCACGCCGAUAAGGACUUUUCGUAAGUGAUUUUACUAAAACUCAAACUAGACAUUUUUACUGAGAUCUGUCCCUGUGGAAUUAGGGACCUUUUUGAAACAUCUCACAGUUGUCAUGAUUGUCUUUAACUUUUACUACUCUGUUAAUUACACAGUUUCUUAUGUUAAUGACAGAUAUUUUAACUGACCAGUAACAAUUUGAAAACAGCAUGUUGGAAAGCGAUGCAAAGAUGCUCUGUUGCACUGUUGAAUUUUUUUUAAGUUCAUUUUUCAUCUACUAAGAUAGCUGUGAGAUAAUAAUUUUUUCUUCUUCCUGCCUAAGGACAAAGUUUUAUUUGAUGUUGUGGUUUGUUUUUUACCAUUGCUAUGUAAAUGAAAAUAAUGCCAAUGUAAGAAAUCAGAAUACUUGUUUUGCGUAGAUCAGCAGUGCAGAGGAGGUUUCUUUCACUUUCACUGAGAAAGGAUGAUGCCAUUGCCUGGGAAUAAUUACAUAUGUUUUUUCCCUUUUUGAGCAUAACUAAAGUAGGACACUUACUUAGUAAACUGGAUGAAGAGUUUUCUCUGUACUCCCAACUAUUCAUGAAGACCAUUCUCCUGAUAUAUUGGGUUUGCUUCUGGCCUGCCUUUCUUGGGAGACUGUGUAAGUAGAGAACUAAUCGGCUUCAGACCUACCAGUGCUCAGAAAUUAACUUGUUUAUUUUGGUAAAACUGAUGAGAACUUCAACACCUACUGCAUCCAAAGACUUGAAAAAACAGUUGAGAAGAAAAGCUUCUUUUAAAAUAAUUACCAACAUAUUCCUAUUCUAGAUAACCAUACCCCCAGCAAGACAGUUAUUAAAAUCAGAGGAAAAAAAUUACCUAGGCAAUUUUGAAUUUAAAUAGAAAAUCAAUUUUUUUUAAAUAAUGUUCAGAUAUUUAAUACUGAUGGGAGGAAUGGGAAAUAAAGCUGCACAGAUAACUUUUUUGAGAUUCAGACAGAGAGAGUUCUGAAUAUGUACCUUUAGGACUGACUCUUCAUGUUGCAUUACUAUCAUCCAUUGGCAAACUGUUGUUCUUAAUGCGUACUGCAAAUGUGGUGAAGAGCAUACCCAGUAAUUUUUCUGGUCUAGUUAAUGAGUUAUAUGUAAUAAUAUCAGUAGUGCAGCAGAAGUACAAUCUGCUUCUUGUACCCUCUCUCCCAUUUGCUCUCCAAGGUUUUGAUUAUUCUUUAAAUACUAAAACAUCUCUUAUUCUGAAACUGUUAAGGUUGAAAUGCCUCAUUCUACAAUGUAAUGGGUUUCAAAACUGAACCCUAGUUAUAGUAUGUUGAGUGUUGGAAUUAAAAUGCUAAUACACUGUAACUUGAAAUUUCUAUCUUCUAUUUUCAAAAAGUCUAAAACAUCACUGAAGGAAUCAGCUGGCUAAAAUACAGCUAAACCCAGCUAUUUCAGAGCUAUCUAAAAAUUAACAUCCCUUUUAUAAAACAUGAGUGGUAUUUUUUUACUGGCUUGAUAUGAUAUUUUGACAAAAGGCCAGAAUUCGAACUGGUGCUCCACCUUUCUUGUUUGCCUUCGUAUUCCUAUCUGAGUGUUCUCACUCUGUAAGCUCUAGUGCUUGUUCUGACCACAUACUGUUUUGGUGUGGUUCACUCCAAAUGUGAUCUAACUGAAAAGUUUUAGAUUUUUUUUUCUCUGUUCCUCUAUAAAGCUAGCUGUGAAAUAGUGUCCUUAAACAGAAAGAAAUUUCAAGGUAGCCUGAUACUAAAGUUGUAAUUUUUAAAGAUAAAAUGACCGUGGUGUUUGGUUUUUAUUGCUGCAUAAAUGUUCUAAGGAAUUUAAUAGUUAUAUUAAACUUUUUUUAGAUUCAGUGAAAUAUUUAUCUGAUCUGGCAAAAAAUGCCUGUAGCCAAUACAGAUUCAGAACACCUCUUGGACACUGGAACUAGUUAUUUCUGUUACUUGAACAUAACCUUGACAAUUGCAAAUAUAUUUACAUCUACUUUAAAACUCUGGGAAACAUGUUUUUCUAUAGCAAUAAUUAGUUGUCACUCGGUGCAUAGUUGCUGAAGUAGCAUUUUGGUCAUGUUUAAAUGCUGAAAGACUCAAAUGCACAUUUUUAAGCACCAAAAGGCUACAAACACAAUAUAAAAAACUUGCAAACUGUUUAUCCUCUUUAUUUGUGUAUACUAAGAUCUGUACUGGUAGGCGUUGCCUUGCUUAAUGUUUUAUACUUCUAAUAUGAAGAUAUUGCAUCCAGUACAUUCACUAGGUAAGCGUUUAAUGAAAAUGAACGAUCUAAUUAAAUAUGCUGCUGCUGGUCAUGAUCUUUCUCACUGAAACUUAAAACGUGCACAAAAAAGCUGUGUAUUUGUAAUAGGUCAUGCUUAUACUCAGAACAUAAAAAACCUUUACUGGGACAUUGCUGUUGAACAAUGUUUUUCAUGUUCAUGUUGCCUUGUGUAUGGUUUCAAUAUGCUACAUUAUGUUGGAAUUUUACCUUCUGUUUUUUUCGAUUAAAGUUAUUUUAUUUUCUAUUUGUCUCUUUGUUGCAUAAUAAAGAUGAUCAUUUCCUUUGGCACUA